GGCGUCCGUUUCAGUUUGGGCAAGCGCGUGGGCCGUGGGCAAUUAUCUAUUAUUGAUUAUAAUCAUUUGUAGCAUGGUUUUUGGGGGUUGUCUUGCACAAGACCUUUUUUCUUUAAGUGCUGGCAUGUUUUUGUGUCUUUGUGGUUCGUUAUUUGUUGGUUAUUUGCUUCAAGCUGGAUUGCGUCAAAUUUGUCAAACUUGCAUUAUGUCAAUAUAGGUAUAGGCUGAGUGUUGAGUGGACGUCAGUGGGAGCCAACCGCCACCCGUCACCAUGCUGAGAAGCCUGCGGUGCCUGUGUCGUCUUCAGCCCACCAUCGGCCAUGUGCGCCCCAUGUCUCAAUACCCGCCUACGUUUCGGGAGCCAACUCUGCCGCCGGAACAGACGGAGGAGGCCCGUGAGCAGCUGACCUUUUCACCAAUCAAAGCCGCGCCCAGUGACCUGACCUCGUCGGCAUUUGAUCAUCCGGCCGUCAAAAAAUUCACCAACAUUAUCAUGAAGGGAGGGGACAAGAACCUGGCGCAGAUCCUGAUGGCAAAG